CAUCAUUCUUUCAGCAUCCAUUGACACACAUACCUUCAAACAAAACACAAACCAGUCAUGGCUGCUUCCAUUAAUAGAAGUCCAUUUAACUUCAUUAGUUUGUUGUUAUGGUGUGGUUUGGUGUUCGGAUCUGGUGGUUUGUGUGAAUCGGUUCCAGGAGUUUACAUAUUCGGAGACUCAUUGGUGGACGUCGGAAACAACAAUUACUUGUCUCUCUCACUUGCCAAGGCUGAUUUUCCUCACAACGGUGUCGAUUUUCCUACCGGAAAAGCCACCGGUCGGUUCAGUAACGGGAAAAACGCCGCUGACUUUUUAGCUGAAAAGGUCGGACUACCUUUUGCACCACCGUAUCUGUCACUGGUGUCGAAAUCAAAAAAGCUGAGCAGUUCCAAUUCCACGGUUACCGGAGUCAGUUUUGCAUCCGGAGGUGCCGGCAUCUUCAAUGGAACAGAUGAACUCUUUAAACAAUCAAUUCCAUUAACGAAGCAGGUGGGCUACUACUCUCUGGUCCAUGACCAACUGGUACAACAAAUGGGCUCAAAUGGUGCAGAAGCCCACUUAUCCAAAUCCCUAUUUCUGAUUGUCAUUGGAAGCAAUGAUCUCUUCGGCUACUUCAACAAAGACUCCAAAGUAUCUAAGCAAUACACCCCACAACAAUAUAUUGAUCUCAUGGCCUCGACUCUCAAAGGACUCAUCAAGAAUAUGUACACAUUGGGAGCACGUAAAUUUGUGGUAAGUGGAGUCGGAGUGAUUGGUUGUUGUCCUGCACAAAGGAAACAAAACACCACCGGUGAAUGCAAAAUGGAAGCAAAUUAUUGGUCAAUGAAGUAUAACGAAGGUCUCAAGGCUUUGCUUCGGGGAUUGAAGUCAGAAUCAUCAGAUAUCAGCUACUCUUAUUUUGAUACAUACGCUGCCAUGAAUGGCCUCAUCCAACAUCCUCAAACUUAUGGAAUCACAGAGAUAAAAGAAGCUUGUUGUGGACUUGGCAACUUAAAAGCUGACAUCCCUUGCAUUCCAAUUUCAACUUAUUGCUCAAAUCGGAAAAACCAUCUUUUUUGGGAUCUCUAUCACCCUACGGAAACUGCAUCUAAUAUCUUUGCUAACAUUAUCUAUAGUGGAUCACAACAAUUUACGACUCCAAUGAAUGUGGAACAACUCAUUAAUGUGUAAGAAAUGAAUAUGAACACACACACAUACAUUUAUUGUUGAGUAUUUGUUAACAGCGUUGAGAAAGAAGUAUAUGAAUAUAUGUCAAAUCAAAUGUUUUUCUAAAGUUUAUUAUGAAAUCGUUAGUUGAGUUCGUUAUUAUAGUUCAUUAUGG